AUGUCUUCCUCAACCCUCCGGCGCCGAGCACUUCCCGUCGAUCCACAAGUCGACAGCGAACCAUCCACUCCUCGAGACGAAAGCCCCGAAAAGCUGGAAAACACCACCCACGUCGUCCACCACGUGAAGCCCAAGACACGGAAGCGCCGCAAUGGCGCCAUCUUUUUGCUCGGGAGCCUUUUCGGCAUCAUAGCUGCCGGCUUCUUCGCAAAAAGCAACGAUCUCAUAGACUUCCCCGAGCUUGGGGAGCUCAGCAUGGAUAGUCUUUUUGAUGUCCUGCCUGCCGGGUUGGUCAAGGACAUGCGGGAUCUUGUGCAAGGCGAGCGCGAGUUCGUCGAUAGUUACGAUGCCUUUUCUGUAGGUUUACAGGCCCGCGCCGAGGGUCUUCACGCCCAUCACCCAAUGAUAAUGGUCCCCGGCGUCAUUUCCACAGGCCUCGAAUCUUGGGGCACCGCCAAUGUCUCUCGUCAAUAUUUCCGAAAACGCCUCUGGGGCAGUUGGAGUAUGAUGAGAGCAUUGGUUUUGGACAAGGAGAACUGGAAAAGACACAUCAUGUUGGAUCAGGAAACCGGCCUUGACCCUCCGCAUAUCAAACUGCGAGCCGCCCAGGGCUUCGACGCAACCGACUUCUUCAUCACCGGAUACUGGAUUUGGAACAAAAUAUUCGAGAACCUAGCGUCGAUAGGCUACGACCCGACCAACUCCUUCACGGCAGCCUAUGACUGGCGCUUGGCUUACCCAAAUCUCGAGACUCGCGAUCAAUACUUCUCGAGGCUCAAAUCCUAUAUUGAGACCGCACACGAGUUCUCGGGAAAGAAGGCUGUUCUGGUGUCUCACAGCAUGGGCGGACAGGUUCUGUUCUAUUUCUUUCACUGGGUAGCGUCGGAAAGUGGCGGCAGGGGAGGCGACGAUUGGGUCGAGCAGCAUGUCGAGGCAUGGAUCAACGUGAGCGGAUGCAUGCUCGGCGCCGUCAAGGACCUAACAGCCGUCCUGUCGGGUGAAAUGCGCGACACGGCGCAGCUCAACGCAUUUGCCGUUUACGGCCUCGAGAAGUUUCUGAGCAAAGACGAAAGAGCGCAGCUGUUUCGCGCGAUGCCCGGCAUUUCGUCAAUGCUCCCCAUCGGUGGGGACGCUGUCUGGGGCAAUUCCACUUGGGCCCCAGACGACCUACCAGGACAGGAUUUUUCGUAUGGUUCUCUCCUUAACUUUCGCAGCGGCAUGAACUGGACAACACCGGACCGAAACUUGACUGUCGAGUCGGCCAUGGACUACCUUUUCAAUACAACCGAAGAGUGGUACUCGAGGAAGGUGAAGGAGGCGUACUCGCAUGGCGUAGCACACACAGAAGCCGAGGUUGAAGCCAACGAAAAGAACCCUCAGAAAUGGAUCAACCCAUUGGAGACACGACUGCCGCUGGCACCCAGUCUCAAGAUUUACUGCUUUUACGGUGUGGGAAAGCCCACGGAGCGGGGAUACUACUACCGGUCACCAGAGAUGCCAGCGCUGACAAACCUGAACAUCACAAUCGACACGGCUCUCACGCAAGGAGAAGUAGACCACGGCGUCGUCAUGGGCGAGGGUGAUGGAACGGUGAACCUGCUCAGUACAGGCUACAUGUGUAACCGGGGAUGGAACUACAAGCGGUACAACCCGGCGGGUGCCAAAGUGACUGUUGUCGAGAUGGAGCACGAGCCCGAGCGAUUCAACCCCCGAGGCGGGCCCAAGACGGCAGACCACGUUGACAUCCUCGGGCGGCAGCAUCUCAACGAGCUCAUACUGAGGAUCGCGGCGGGCAAGGGCAAUACGAUCUCGGACUACGUCGUCAGCAACAUUUUGGAAUAUGCCGACAAGGUCAAGGUUUAUGAUGACGGCGAAGGACCGGCUCCAGACGAGGAGUCUUAG